AAUAUGCCCGUUGCAGAUUUCAUGCGUUUUCCCACCAUCUCGAAUACCUCCAUUUUUCUCCCAACAAAAGAACUCGAAAGAAGCGAAAAAAAAAUAAAAAUUCAAGCGUACAUCUCUCCUGUUACUGAAAAUUUUCUCUCCUGUUUUGGGUUUUUGGCAAUCUUCCAACAAUUACAUUUCUCUUCCAGAAAUUCACAAUCGCAAACUGCAAAUUUUUCCACACAUCAAGAUCCAUUAAAAAAAAAAAAAAACUCACAUUUCGUUUCUCAUUUCUUUCUACAAUUUCAUUUCUCUUCGAGAAAUUCACAGUCACACCCACAGUUCUUAUCACAUCGAUCAAAAUAUUCAAAACCCAAAUCUUAAUUUGCAUUUUCUUCUGCAAAUUUUACCUUAAUGGAGGAUUUGAGAGAUGCCCACAUCGUUGAAAUCCCCAUCGACGAAGAAUGCCAAAAGCGGAAGCUCUCCGCGGUUGGUAGUCUUUCUCUAAUCCAACAGCACCCGUUAAUGGAAAUCUCUGAAAGCCCCGGCCAUCUCUUGCUUCUCAAGCUAUGGCAAAGAGAAGAAGAUCUCUUUAGCCAUCGGAUCGCCCUCAAAGAAACGCGAUUGGAUGCCAUCAAGCAUGAAGUCUUCCAGCUGUGUUCCUUCUUUUUCGUCUUCAACGCCUUCUUCCUGACCCUUUUAUUUACCUCUUCAAUUCACUCACAAGAUCGUACCUGCCGGAAAUGGUGGGUCCCAUCUUUUCUAUCAGUGUCCACUUCAAUCGCUAUAAUCUGUUUUGUUCAGUUGAAGAUUUUCAGGUACAUGAAGGUCUCGAAACAGUUGCAGGCGGCCAGGAGUGAUAAUCGGGCGCUGGUCAGAUGCAUUCAAGAGCUGAGAAUGAAGGGGGCCAUCUUCGAUCUGUCGAAGGAGCGGCAGAGCGUGAAGAGGAUGAAAAGCUCGAGUGUAGAGAUUAAAUGGAAGCCGUUGAAAUGGUGUUCUCAGAAUCUUGUUGGCAUCUGCCUAGUUUGCUUUACUGGUAUGGUUUUUCCAGCUUCCAGAUUCAUACUCUGCGGUUGAUGCUCUUGGGUGUUCAAGAUUGAUCCACUGUUAGAUCAUUGCUGGUAACUGAGAUCUUCUGAUCAUCGGCUUCAGUGUAGGAGUGUAAGAAUAGUGUUGUUCCAACUGAUGUUGCCAAUGCUUAUUCUUCUUUCAUAAACAAGUUAUUUUCUCCCUGAAAAUAUGUUGAGUGUUCUUCAUCAGCUGGAUCCAUCCUUUUCCGUAAACAAGAAAUGGGCCCCACCUUGAGGUCCAUGCCUUUUCCUAUUGAAGUCUGCAUUUUAAGUGCUGAUUUCAGGUUGUUUGAAUACAUCCUGACGUAUUGCAAUAAGACAUGUUAGGACUCUUUAUGGUCGGGUUUUUUUUUUUUUUUCCAAUUACCCAAACUGUUUCAUUUGAUAUGGCUCCCCUUCGACAGGAGUGCUUGAAAAGUUCACGGCUUAAUUCAACCAUUGGAUUAAUUUUUAUUAUUCAAAAGGUUGAAAUAAUCCAAUUGAGAUCAUUUCUUUGGUGACUUUCCACCAUACAAAGUAAGACUCAUCAUAUAAACAGCUUGGAUUAAUGGAAGAUGACCCAUAUUCAAAGGGCGCUUCUCUUUGUAUGGAUACAUGACGGUUUGGUCUCUCCCUUGUUGUAGGUACCUACUCUAACCUUCUCAAUGAAGAUGUGGUAUAUGUAUCGCUCUUCGAUCACCUCCAGUUAUGCUGCUUGGUGGGAGGGGAUUUGGAUAGGCUUGAAAGGUUCGCUCCUACCCCUUGUUUCAAGCUCUGUGGAAAGAUGGUGCAUAUGAGCAGACGCGUCAUGUGUGGUUCUAUGGUGCCUUCUCUGAGGUUUGUCUAAUGUGCAUGGAAGUGAUGAUUCAUAAUGUUUGUCUAAUGUGCAUGGAAAGUGAUCGAUCAUCUUAUUCAUUGCCAGUAGGUUCAAUAGUUAUGGAAUGGUUUCCUUAAGAGGGCGAUGGCAAUCUUAGUAGGCGGUCUCUUUAUAGUGAGUUUGCUGGCUGCCCUUUGGGCAAGGGGGAGAGGAAUGGAAGAUGCUUUCAAAUGAGAAUCACAUGGUGGAGCAGAUCUCUAGUAGGGCGAAAUUUUAUGCAAGUGAAAUAAGCCUCUUGUAAUUUUAUUUACAAUCUGUCUUGCAAGAUUGUAAUUUUCCUUUCUUUGAGCCAUGUAGCUUUUGCACCAUCUCAGUGCUUUUUCAAAAAGAAAAAUCAUUUUCUAA